AUGAAGUGUCAACGUCUAGUUCUAACAAAUUAUCAACGAUUAUUUCGUCGAACGUUUUUAUCGAACGUUAAUACGAACAAUGUUACCAUAAACAAUAAUCCAGGUUUAUAUGGUUACAUGCUUGGUUCAGAAUUUAAAGCACAACCAAAAUUACUUCAAUUAUUCCAUUCAGUUCAAGCUGAAACAUCAUCAUCAAUCGUUCAUUUUUGCUCAGGAUCAAUUGUGUGCCACCGAGGUUCAGGCUUAUUAGCAAAACUUAUUUCACGUCUUGGUGGUGCACCACCACCAAUGAAAAAAGGUUCAGUUUAUGUUGAAAUUCAGCAGUCUAUUGAUGGACAAGAAGAAAUUUGGACACGUACUUUUGUUGAUGAUAAUGACAAAAAUAAUAAAAAAACAGCAUUUCGUUUUCAAACUAUACAAUAUUUAAAAGACGAUCAUCUAAUUGAAAUUAUUGGGAAUAGUCUAUCACCGAUAAAAAUGCAAUUUGUAUUUAAAAUUCAAGCGGUAUACAAUAAUUCCAAAACAAAUGAAUGUAUUGGUUUUGAUCACAUAUUAAAAUCUGUUCAUUUAUCAUUUGGAAAUUCUCGACGAUUUUUGAUUAAACUACCAAAAGUUUUACAACCUUUAGCACAUGGUGAAACUCGAAUUGAUUUAUCAGACUCCAAAAGUUGGAAUCUUAAAGUUGAACUGUUUGCUCCAAAUUUGAAAAUAUUUUCAUGGUUCAUGAAUGAUAAGAGACGAUUUAUCGGCGGUUAUGAGGGACAUAUAAAUCGAUUUAGUAAAUCUCAAAUUCAACAACUUUAUCACCUGCAACAACAAUCACAACAAGAUCAUCCAAUUAUGAUUCUCGGAGGAUUUGGACUAUUUGGUGCUCGAAUUGCUUCUGCAUUACUAGCAGAAAAUUAUCGAGUCAUUGUUGUUUCACGAAAGAACCAUCCAGUAGUUUAUUUAAAAAUUCUUCAACAAGCACAAAAACAUUCUAAAGAUAAAAAUAAUAAUAAGAAUAAUUUACAAAUACUUUUAUUUGAUGUUAAUCAAUUAAAUGAAUUAUCGUUAAAUAUUGAACGAUCAAAAUCAAAAAUAGUGAUCAAUUGUUGUGGUCCAUUUCAAAGUAAAACAGCGCGUGAAUAUCGAAUUGCUCAUAUUUGUUUACAAAAUCUUGUACAUUAUAUUGAUCUGGCUGAUUCACGAGAAUUUAUAAUAAAUUUUACAAAACAAACUAAUAUGAAUGCUCAUGCUAAAGAAGCACAAAUUUGUAUGGUGACAGGUGCAUCUACAGUACCAGGACUUAGUACAACCGUCAUAGCAGAAUUGAAUGAAAAAUAUUUUCAUUCUAUAGAUACUAUUGAAAUUGGCAUUAGUCCUGGAAAUGAAACAUCACGAUCAUUAGCAACUAUUCAGUCGAUUCUUAGUGGAGUAGGUAAACCAUUAAAAUUUUUAAAUUUAACAGUUUACGGUUGGCAAUCGUUGAAACAGGCUAAAGAUCAAUUUCAUGUUAAAUUAAAUAAUAAUCAUCGUCGUUUUCUAUCUGCUGUUGAUGUACCAGAUUUAGAUUUAUUACCUUUAUUAUAUCCAACUAUUAAAUCUGUUGAAUUUCGUGCCGGUUUAGAAUUAGAUAUUUUACAUCUUGGUUUAUGGCUCUGUUCAUGGUUUGUUCGAGCGGGUCUAAUUCAAGAUUUGAGCUAUUAUUCAAAAUUAAUGAAAUAUAUUUCAGAAUUAUCAAUAUUUACAAAAUUUGGAUCAGAUCGUGGCGGAAUGUUUGUUCAAAUAAGAGGCACAGACAUAAACACUAAACGAGAUAUUCAAGUAAUCUGGCAAAUUUACGCUGGUUCAGGAGACGGACCGCAAAUUCCAGCAACAGCGGCAGUUAUCUUAGUCGAUAAAAUAUUGACUAGAAAGAAUAAUCAAACAGACUCAACACUCAAAUCAGGAGCUUAUGCAUGUGUUAAUUUAUUUACUAUUGAAGAAUACAUGUCUAAAUUACGUUCCUAUGACAUAGAAGCAAAUGUUAGGAUAGACAUGAUAUAA